CUUCGACAGCCCGGAGCGGAGACUCACGGGAAGACCCCUCUACUGAGGUCCGAAACAUGCUCUCACGUGUAGGAAGCUCUGGUAAUAGUCCAUGCUUUGCACCAUCAUAUCUCGAACCCCCAGUGGAGGUUUUGGGUCAUUUCAUGGAAGUAUACCGCACCAGGAUACAUUUCCAACCAUUGCCAUUAUUCAACCUUGAAGGCCUACGAGAUCGCUUGGCGAACUCCCCCCGAUUUCUUCUGCAUAGUUUCCUAGCUCUUUCUUUGAAUUUUGGCAGCCAUGAAUUUUAUAGAGGCAGGGAACAAGAGGCUGUCCAGCUCUAUACUCGCUCCGCGGAAGAUGCAACUAUGAAGUUAGCUGUGGAAGGCAUCUCGAAGAUAGAGGUUAUAGAGUCACUAUGCCUCCUGGCGGUGAAGGACUUAAUUGGUCAUAAGCCUGCACGUGCUUGGAUGACAAUCGGAACUGCCUCUCGGUUAGAUACUUUACGCAGAUUAACACGCCAUUAUACUUCUGAUCCGCAGACUGAGGAUAGGAGCGCUCGAUGUCAUUGGUCCGUGUUCAUACUCGAAAAGGCCUUUUCACCCCAAGUGUUGGAUCUUACAUCAUCUCAAGACACACCUGAUUAUCCCCUGAGUGCUCCCUUGCCAUCCUCACUACCAACCUACAGGGAUGAAAACUGUCCUCCUGACCUCCAUGUCUCAGAAGAGGUCAACAAGGACCUCGGCAUCAAUGCGUAUCACAUCGAGAUGGUCUCAGUAUGGGGAGACCUUACGCGAUAUUUACAUGGAAUACGAUCUGGUAACGUUGAAACGCCUUGGUUACCCGAGUCAACGCACGCGAAGCUCAGUGUGAGGUUGUAUGAGUGCGAGGCUGAAUUGCCGCAAAGGCACCUUCUUAGAAAUGUUUGCUUCUCCAAGCGAUCGAUAGCUGAGAUUAUGCAGCAACAGGAAUAUUGGAGCCCCUGGCUGGCUAUGCAAAUGCUCUCUCAUGCGUCACCGGCUAUCCUAAACCAUCCCUUUAUUCACUUGGUCGCUAUGCGUGGUAGCCGGGGUGUGCCUCAAUCACGUCUGUUUCUCCAACAGACAGUGGAUCUAGCGUUAUUCCAUUCUGGUUGGGUGUUUCAGUUUAUACAGUUUUGCGAGAACCUUCAAUAUGAGAUCAAUGAUCCAUUGAUUGGGCACGCAGUCGCAGCGACAGCUACUAUACCAUGGCUUUUCCAGUUUGCAAGAGACACCAAGGUUUCAAAGAAAGCGUAUGAUGACCUUGGCAGGUGUGAGAGAUUUUUGAGCCGUAUUUCAUCCACCUGGCCACAUAUUUCUCGAAAGCUCGAGAUCCUCCAACACCUGCAAUAUGUCGCGAAGGAAAAGCUCCAGGACGCACCGGGCGGCAGUACAAUGAUAUCCUUCCAACCUCAGAUGUUCUGGGAGCUCCUCGAUCCCAAAGUCUGUCAGGUACCACAAGGCGACCCUACCUCGCAAGGUGGUACUUCCCAGGCUACGAAUGUACCAGACGCCAGGAUGCGGGUUACCACUCAUUUCGUCCACCCACUUUUAGACGAGCAAGCCGAACAGCCACAUCCUCCCAACCCCGUCGGUAAUGCUAUGCAUUCAUUUCCACCAAGCCCAGAGGAUCUUGAACAAGUUUGCCUGGAUGAGAUAUUCGCCCAUUUCCCACGUGAUGAAUUUUAUUGGUUGCAGAGUUAAACCUGGGAAUGAUGAAUGCUUUGAUUAACGAUUCCUUUGCCACCAUGAUAAUGACAGAUAUCCUUUGUUGUUGUUCUUUUCUUCUGGUGUCGUAGUCGGCCUUGAGUUGGACUAGUAUAUCGUGUAA